GUUCAUUGUCUUCGUAGUUCAGAGAUCACUAGAAAAUAUCAACAGAUCAAAGCACUUUUGAGAUCAGAGAUAUUGAAGCCUUCAUCGUCACUUUCCCAAAAUCUGACUGAUGGCUCAGCAGGAAUAUAAGCUUCUGAGCAAGUCCUUGUUCGCAUACAAGAGAAGCGUCUACCCUGUUGAUAACCGUCUAGAUAUCUCUCCGGAAUACAUCGACAGCUUAGAGCACUUUGAGAUCAGAGACAGUGAUAUUUUCCUCAUCACUUUUCCGAAAUCCGGGACGGUAUGGGGCCAGCGCAUUGUCACCUUGCUAUAUGACGAGGACAUCCCAGGCGUUCAGGACAGGCCCUCAUAUAUACGCAUGCCCUGGGUGGAGUUAAAGGAGAAAGGCUAUGACUACGCCAAACGCCCAUCACCCAGGCUCUUCAGCUCCCACCUGCAAGAGCACCUGGCCCCCCCAGGCCUGCACAAGAAGACGGCUAAAGUCAUCUACAUCUCCAGGAACCCCAAAGAUGCCCUUGUUUCUUACUUUCAUUUCACAAAUUUCAUGAUCAAAAUGGAGAAACACAAAGACUUGGAUGAAACUAUGGAUAAGUUUUUUUCUGGUUGGAUGCUUGGUGGUUGCUGGUUUGACCACAUCAAGGGAUGGCACAACAACAGAGACAAGUACAACAUCCUCUUUCUAAGCUAUGAAGAAAUGAUAAAGGAUCUGAGAUCUGUUGUUGUGAAGAUCAGUGAGUUUGUGGGCAAAAAUGCUUCUGAUGCCACAAUCGACGACAUAGUGGAGCGAGUCUCCUUCGAGAACAUGAAGGUCGAUCCUCUGGCAAACUAUGAUGACUUGCCAGAUACCAAAGUAAAAGGAAAGGGAAACUUUCUGCGCAAAGGUACAGUUGGGGACUGGAAGAACGCCCUUACGGUGGCCCAGAGUGAACGCUUCGACAAAGUCUUCCAGUCGAGGAUGAAGAACUUCCCCCUGACAUUCAUCUGGGACCUCAGUGAGCUCCGUGACUGAUGACUCAAACGGCAUCUACAAAAUUUUAAGAACAUAUAUCUGUGUUGCAUAGUUACUCGGUGUGUUUCAUUUAGUCACCAGAGAAAACAGUCUAUCCUUUUCAACAUAGAAAAAUAGGAUGAGUAUAUAUUGCAGAAAAAAAUUACAUCCGAUAAUAACUUUUGUAUGUUCCUAAAGGGCAUUAGUGCUUGUGUACUGGUUUACUAGCUCCUGAUGAUUUUGCUAUAAUGAAAGGUAUCUGUACUGAUUAAAUAACGGCCUUUCAAUCAUGGAACCAGAAGGGAGGACUUCAACAAGUCUUAUCUUGUUGAAAAGAAACAAAAAUGAAAACAGUGGUCCUUACACACACACAAAUACUGUGUACUCCUGCUCAUACAGUAAUUCCAUAUUUGAAAUAUGCAUGUAAAUGUGUGCACAAGCUCCUCUUUGACCUUUGACCAGAUGUGUCUCUUUUCAUUUGCUGGUGUUGCUUCAACGAUUGCCGCAGUUCCAGUUAUUUUAAAUGGAAAACUCUACAUCGACAGCUUGGGAGAUAAGAGACAAUGACGUUUAUGAAUGAUGACUGAAUGAUUUACUGCCCCGGUUUGCCCUGAUUGUUAAUACAA